UUGAAGCAUUGGCAGGAGAAGCAACAUUCAUCCCCAAGACUCAGCUUUGAAGCAUGUGAGUCAAAGGGGCAACACAGGGACUGUGGAGUAAUGACGCUCCCCAAGUGGACCUUCUUGUUCAUGUGCCUUCUGGCUGAUUGGGGCUGGGCUGAGGAAGAUCCCCACAGGCAACAAAAGGAACUGUUGGAUUACAUGAGUUUUCUAGAAUUUAAAGGCCGCUCUCGAAGGCAUCAAGAUAACCAAAGAUUAAUCCAGACAUUGGAGGCUAAACUGAAGGAGAUCAACUUCUCGAGUGCGAAUGUCACUUUUCAGACCAAUAACAUCCAGUCUCUGGUCUUCAAGCUCACCUGUGACUUCUCUGGGCUCACGAUCAACAGUUCAUACUUAGCAAAGACCCAAACCAGGCAUGUCAUGAAGUUCCCCACUGAGAUGACUCAGCAAGCCUGCAAAACAAAGGAGGCCCCCCAGGAGCUGCGGUUAAUCUGCAUCUACUUUGACAAGAAGGAUUUCUUCCAGGAUAAUGAUAACAGUCUUCUGCUCAAUGAUAAUGUUCUAGGAGCCAGCUUGGUGAACCAUAGUGUGUCCAGCCUGAGACAGAGUAUAAACAUCAGCUUUUGGCACAACCAAAGCCUGGAGAGAUAUAAUUUGACAUGUGUCUUCUGGAAGGAAGAAGAAGGGAAAGCCAGGUGGGGGGCAUGGAGUUCUGAGGGAUGCAAGACCAUUCUGGUAGCACCAUAUGAGGUCCUAUGCUGCUGUAACCACCUCACUUACUUUGCUGUCCUCAUGCAACUCUCACCACCCAAGAUUAGCAAGGAGCUACUGGACCCACUCACCUACAUUUCCAUUGUGGGCUGUAGCUUGUCCAUUGUGGCUUCACUGCUCACCAUCCUACUCAAUUUCUAUUCCAGAAGAAUCCUUGGAUGUUUCCCCAGGACCUUCAAUCUGGGGAUCAUAGAGCACUCCAGGAAGAAGAGUGAUUCUACAACCUACAUCCACAUGAAUCUGCAUGUGUCUGUCAUACUCUUGAAUGUCACCUUCCUGCUCAGCCCUUCCCUGACCUUGCAGCCUGUGGGGUGUGUGGUCAUGGCUGCCUUCUUGCACUAUGCUCUGCUCAGCUGCCUCACCUGGAUCGCCAUCGAGAGCUUCAACCUUUACCUGCUCCUUGUCCGGGUCUAUAACAUCUACAUCCAGAGAUAUAUCCUCAAACUCUGUGUCCUAGGUUGGGGGUUUCCUGCUUCCAUAGUACUACUUCUUCUCCUUUUGAAGACCUCUGCAUAUGGGCGCUAUGAGAUCCAAAUAAAAACCAUCCUGGAGAAUGACACCAAAUCUCAGAAUGCUUCCAUGUGCUGGAUCAAAUCAGUGGAAAUCCACCGGAUCUUUGUCAUGGGCUAUUCGGGUGUCACAUUCCUCUUCGAGCUGGUCAUCCUCAUAUGGACAAUAAAGAUGCUCCAUGGCCUGCGCUCUCGAGAGAAGAAGUGGGAAUCACGAACUUGCCAGGAUUUCACCACUGUCCUGGGGCUGAGUGUGCUGCUGGGAACCACCUGGAACCUGGCUUUCUUUUCCUUCCCUGCCUUCCUGUUGCCUCAGCUCUUUCUCUUCACCGUACUCAACUCCUUAUAUGGUUUCUUCCUCUUCCUGUGGUUCUGUGCCCAGAAGCACCGCUCUGAUUUGGAGGCUGAGACCUCCAGCUCUUCGCAGAUGAUACGGAUCGGGCCCCAGAGCCACAAUUCUCCUGUCAGACCUCCCCAGCCUUCUUCUAUCACCUGCAUAUCCAGUACGUUCCCUCCACAUGGUACAAGUCACCAAGAAGGUGGGGGAGAGAAGGAUAUGGCACAGACAAGGACAUAAGGAGUAUAGCCUUUCAGAUCCAGUUCUCUUGGCUUCCCCUGGAGCCAGAAUAUGGCCCGGAUCCUGAUCCCACACUCAGAGGACUAAUUCUCAUCCUUGGUUUUCUCUCAGCAAAAAGAGAUGGGUCCACUGCCAGAGGCAUUUAAUUUUCCCCAUUGGACAUCUUCCUCUGCGGCAGAAUGGGAAGACCCAGAUGGAGAAUGUCUGAGCAUUGGCCCAGUGAUCUUUGGGGACAAUCAUAGUAAUAAAGUGGGAAAGAGCCCAGGAUCAAUAGGCAGAUCUAAAGCCUUGAUCCUGGUAUUGAUUUACUAUUACCUUGGGCAAGCCACAGCAACUCUCUAAGCUUUAGUUUCCUAAUCUGUCAAAUGGGGAUAAUAAUACCUUUCUUGACUAUUGGGAGGGGGAGAUAGUAUAUUGUAGUAGAAAGUGUUAGAACAAGAGUCAAGAGUAUGGAGUUUUAAUCUUAGCUUUAUGUGAUCUUGGGAAGGUCGCUUCCUUUCUCUGGACCUCAGUUUACCCAACUGUAACAAGAUGACAUUGAACUAGAUAAUUUCUAGGGCCCCUUAUAUCUCUGGCAUUCUGUGAUCUUGUGACCCAUUGUGAUAAUUUCUUUUUUUUUUAAUCAUAAAAGUAUUAUUUUCCAGUUACAUAUAAAGAUAGUUUUCAACAUUUGUUUUCAUA